CAUAUAUAUGUCAAAAUAUAUAUAUGAUGAAUAAAGUUUAUUCUAAUUAAAUAGUAUUGUAGAUGGAUAUAGAAUAGGUAAAAGAAAUUUGAUAAAAAUGAAACUGAAGAUAACCAACUCCAUCUGAUAAAACAUUCACAAGAAAAUUGAGCUAUGAAGACAUGAAGACGUGUUAGAGUUUUGUUUAUAUAUCUCUAGAAGUGUUAGUUAACUUUUAACCCAACAAAAUUGUGUAUCUGCUGGUGAAUUAAAAAGGUGAUGUCACUGCUGAGGUAUAUAAGUAAAAAUAAAACACACGUGAUUAUCGGUAAUUGACUAGAGGGACAGCUAAUUCUAAUGUGAACGCGGUUCAUUUUUAUAUUUUGUCUGUUUUAAAGAGAAAUAUAUUAAAAUAUGAAACACGAGUCCGAGUAACGACGACCAAAAUGGAGGAACUCAAGCUUCUUUGGUCUCCCUCCGUCUCUAUAUAAACAAAUAAAGAGAGCUCUCUCUUUCUCACAAGUCAUUUAACAAUUUGCAGCUCUGAAGUAGAACUCAAGAAACUUCUAGAUUAUUAUUCUCCGGCGAAUAUUCAAGUCUCAUCGAUCAUGAUCCCCGUGGUAAUCAUUUCUGAGCUACUGGUGGAGUACACAACGGGUCUCGCUAAACUCAUAGCUGUGAUUCUUCCUAGGCGGCAAGGCGACGGAAACUUCGUAAGGAUUGGCAAUUUAUCCGUGUAUUGUCCUCCUGGAUCGUCGCCGGUUCCAGAUUACUCUUCGCAUCUAGUCAACUUCUAAUCCCUGACGUCGAUGCUUUGCCUUUUCCCCUUCUAUUUUUUUUACCGAGUAGAUGAGUGACAGCUGAGGAUUUUUUUUUCACCCUUUUGGAUACUUAGCAGGCUAGAGACUUGUAAACAUUUAUUGUAUUGAAUUAUAUAACAGAGAUUAUGACAGCAUUUUCUUAAUUUUUGAUAA